AUGGAAGUGGGAAAUCACACAGGAGUGUUGGAAUUCAUCCUCCUUGGACUGUCAGAGGACCCAGAAUUGCAGCCUGUCCUUUUUGGCUUAUUCCUGUCCAUGUACCUAGUUACCAUGCUUGGGAAUCUGCUCAUUAUCCUGGCCAUCAGCUCAGACCCUCACCUGCACACCCCCAUGUACUUCUUCCUCUCCAACCUGUCCUUUGUUGACAUUUGUUUCAGCACCACUAUUGUCCCCAAGAUGCUGGUGAAUAUCCAGAAAGAGAACAAAGCCAUUUCCUAUGUGGACUGCCUCAGUCAGGUAUAUUUUUCCAUGCUUUUUCCUAUCCUAGACACCCUACUACUAACUGUCAUGGCCUAUGACCGGUUUGUGGCUAUCUGUCACCCCUUGCACUACAUGGUCAUCAUGAAUGCCCAUGUCUGUGACCUGCUGGUUUUUAUUACCUGGUUUAUUGGUGUCAUGACAUCUCUCCUCCAUAUUUCUCUGAUGAUGCACCUGACCUUCUGUAAAGAUCUUAAAAUUCCACACUUUUUCUGCGAGCUGACACAGAUUCUCAAUUUGGCUUGUUCUGAUACCUUCCUGAAUAGCACAUUGAUCUAUGUCAUGACUGGUGUGCUGGGUGUCUUUCCCCUUGUUGGGAUCCUUUUCUCUUACUCACGAAUUGCCUCAUCCAUAAGGAAGAUGUCCUCAUCGGGAGGAAAGCAAAAAGCAUUUUCCACCUGUGGAUCUCAUCUCUCAGUUGUUUCCUUAUUUUAUGGUACUGGUGUUGGGGUCCACUUCACUUCUGCAGUCACUCAUUCACCUCAGAAAGUCUCUGUAGCUUCUGUCAUGUAUACUGUUGUCACCCCCAUGCUGAAUCCCUUCAUCUACAGCAUGAGGAACAAGGAUGUGAAAGAGGCCUUGAUAAGACUCCUCAGUAGAAUGGCUUCUUGUCUGUGA